UAAGACUAUAAAGGGGAAUAGUGACAUCUUAUUUUUCACAAGCUUAAGGACUUUUACUUUCUAAGUUAACCAACCAACUGGGUGAAAAACCUGAUGUUUUUCUUUGAGCAACAUAGCGCCUGACGGUCCAGAUGCAUCAGAGUACUUUUGUUGUGUGGAGAAAGUAUCUGUGAACUCCAGCAGUAACGUCAGUGAGCCAUUGCAGCCUCUAUCUUUCUGGUUGGACUUUUUUCCCUGAAUGUUUUUCCUCUGACUCAUUUCCUGGUAGCUUUCAAAGCUAUUGAAGUUAGCUUAGCAUGCUGGCUGGAAACAGACUGACAGGGACGGAAGUUUGCAAUACGGCGCUAGUCUGCAUAGUUUGGGUGGAGAAAAAAAUUCUGACAUUUUGUUAAAAUGUCUAACGUCCAGGUGCUGAGAGAGUUGGUGAAGCAGCGACUAACCGCGGCUGCUGAAGAGAUAUUUGGGCUGUUUGACAGAACGAUAGCAGAGUAUGAAGAGGAACUUUCUCGAUCAAAAGAGGAGAACGAGCGGCAGCAGAAACUCCUGGAUGCUGUUUUAAACCCUCAGCUUCGGUUACACAGAGCAGAUGCCCAGCAGCUGUUGCUCUCGGUGGUGAAAGAAGAGGGUCCUACUGAGCAGCAAGAGGGGAGCCUGAGUCAGGAGCCAGAGACCCCACACAUUAAAGAAGAACAGGAGGGAGAGCAGCUUCAAGGGCUGGAGGAGGCUGAUAUCAAGUUGACAUUCCCUGUGAAGAGUGAAGAUGAUGAUGAGGAGAAAGCUCAGUCCUCACAGCUUCAUGAAAGCCAAACUGAAGAGAACAGAGAGGCAGAGCAGUUAAAAACAGGAGCUGAUGGAGAGGACUGGGGAGGACCAGUACCAGCCAGGAAAUCAAGUCCAGAUAGUCCUGUGCAACAGCCAGCUAUUCAUGACAAGACUUUACACUCCUCUGAAUCUGAGACUGAUGACAGUAGAGAUUGGGAGGAGACUAAACAACAUCAGUCACAUUUAAACCCUCUGCAAAACAAUGAAGUAUCUAGAAGUGAUGUGGAAUGUAAUACUGAAAAAACAUCAGUUAGCUCCUCUAAAUGUACUAGAAGCUCUGGCGGCAAGGGUCAUCUGCAGAAACGUACCAGUAGCAAUUUGGUUAAACACAUCAAAAGCCAUACUGGAGAGAAACCAUUUAGUUGUUCAGUUUGUCGUAAAAAAUUCACUCAGAAGGGACAUUUGAUACGACACUCGAUUAUCCACACAGGGGAGAAACCAUUUAGUUGUUCAAUUUGUGGUAAAGGAUUCACACAAAAGGGAACCCUGAAACGACACUCGAAUGUCCAUUCAGGGGAGAAACUAUUUAGUUGUUCAGUUUGCUGUAAAACAUUUGCACAGAAGGAAACACUGAGUCAUCACUUGCCUGUCCACACAGAGGAUAAACAGUUUACUUGUUCAAUUUGUAAGAAAAUGUUCACAGACCAUAGAAAUCUGAAACGACACUUGACUCUCCACACAGGGGAGAAACCAUUUAGUUGCUUAGUUUGUGAUAAAAAAUUUGCACAAAAUGGAGAUCUGAGACGACACUCAAUUGUCCACACAGGGGAGAAACCAUUUAGUUGCAGUGUGUGCGAGAAAAGCUUCACCCGGCUCGAAUAUGUCAAAAAUCACAAGUGUGCAGGCGAGAGCAGAAAUAAAUGAAGCUGCAGAGACGCUUGAUGAGCCACUGCUUUUCAGCAGGAUUAAAGUACUGUGGACAAGGCUUUUUUUCAAUCAAUGAUUAGCUAAAAACUGUCAGAUGUUUGGGUGUGAGGUGAUUGCUUUCUGGUAUUACAUGUAUUAAUUGAUUAAAAUUGGUUU